AUGUGUUUCGUCCCCAACACUCCCAGCAAUACCAUCACAGACAGUCGAUGCUGCUUCGGAUCCCUCACGUGCGCGCAGUUCAUCUGCGCCGUCCAGAACAGUACAAUCGUCAACGAAGAUAACAAUAUCUGGUGUGAUAUGGAUGGAUUGGUCAACGACCGAGCGUAUAGACAGGAUAAUGGGACUGUCUGUAAAGAAGGAGACAGAGGAUGGUGUCUUGGUGGAUUUGGGGUACAAUCUAGCUCCGACAGAAUGGUGAAGAGAUCGGCUAGAGAGCGAGUAGGAAAGGUUAUGGUACUGGUGCUGUUGGGUUUGGGUAUUUGGAAUGGGAUCUUCGCCUAA